UUAGAUCACGUGAUGUAAACGCGCUAACUUUUGAAGUCUCUUUCCUACUGCAGGAUGCAGCAAUCCAACACAUGACAAAAUAGAUUUCAAGAAUGUCACAGUUCCAGUUUCAUAGCAUGGUGUCGGAGGUGACACGAAUGGAUGGGGAGAUCAAAAAGGGUCCCAAGAUGAGGUGGCAGAGAAAGGCUGAAGAGGCUGGAUUAAGUUACCUCCAAGUAGCGCCUGAAACUAGAGGUCCUCUAUCCCCAUGGAAACCAAGAUCUGCCAAGACACCUGCAGGCAUCACUCCUAAGACGCCGUUGUCACCCAGUAAAGCUCUCAGUUUUCCUGCAGCAAGUAAGACGCCUGGGAAGACCCAGCCCCCGGGGAAACACCCAUCUAAAACUCCUAAUAAGACUCCGGGCAAACAACCACAGCCCAAACAGGACAGGUUUAUUCCGAACCGAGCAACAACUGACAUUGACAUGAGCCACUAUGCCGUGAUGAAUGACAAGAAUGAUGAAAACACACCACCACCAAAGACUGGGUACCACCAGCAGCUGAACGAGGCUUUGAGUAAAGGACAGAAUCCUCAGAAUGCAAAGGUGCUCAGCUUUAAGGAUAAGGCACCAGAAAGCACAGCAGGCCACCUCAACAAUCUCAAGGUGUUGUACAGCUCCAGUAAAUCGGCCGUCCCCAAGUGUUCCACCACUCGCUUCAUUCCGCAGCAGCCGGACCGGAUCCUAGAUGCCCCGGAGCUACUGGAUGACUACUACCUAAACCUGUUGGAUUGGUCUAGUAACCAUCUAGCCGUAGCGCUGGGCGGAGCUGUGUACAUGUGGAAUGCCUCGGAUGGGACAAUUGUCCAGCUGAUGGAGAUGACCAGCACUGACGAUUAUGUGUCUUGUGUAUCAUGGAUAAAGGAGGGAAACAUUUUGGCUGUAGGCACCAACAUGGGCAACACUCAGUUGUGGGACGCUGAGAAACAGAAGUUAGUGAGAACCAUGACUGGGCAUUCAGCUCGAGUGGGAUCUCUCGCUUGGAACACAUUUGUAGUCAGCAGUGGAGCCCGGUCUGGUAUGAUCCGUCACCAUGAUGUACGAGUGGCUGAACAUCACGUGGGCACUCUGUCCAAUCACACCCAAGAGGUUUGUGGACUCAGCUGGUCACCAGACGGACGUUAUCUUGCUAGCGGUGGUAACGACAACCUGCUAAAUAUCUGGGACAACAACAUAUCACACGAGUCGCUACCACUACACACCUUCACACACCACCAGGCGGCAGUCAAGGCUCUGAGUUGGUGUCCAUGGCAACCAGACUUGUUGGCGAGUGGCGGAGGAACGGCAGACAGACAUAUUCGUUUCUGGAAUGUUUCCACAGGAUCCUGUUACAACUCUGUGGACACUAACUCUCAGGUUUGCUCCAUCUUAUGGUCAAAGGAACACAAAGAACUCAUCUCCGGCCACGGCUACUCACAGAAUCAGCUGACCAUCUGGAAAUACCCGACAAUGACCCGAGUGGCUGAACUGACAGGACAUACUGCGAGGGUGUUGUGUCUGACACUGUCCCCAGAUGGCACCACAGUAGCUAGUGCCGCAGCCGACGAGACCAUCCGACUCUGGAAGUGCUUUGAUGCUAAACCUACAACAGCCAUCACAAAACCCACCAAAGACCCGAGUAGCUUCAGCCAGAUGCGUGGGGGGAUUCGAUAACGUGUGGCACAGAACAGCUUUGUGUGAACUCAAUCAAACCCUACUGGUAAACUGUUCAUUGGCCUGUAGGAAUCCUCAGUAGAAGUCUCAAGGAAAGUUAAAACAGAUCGUCAUAGCUGAGAUCCAACUGUUCUGAAAGCAAAUCAAGGUUGUGUUUCUGUUAUAAUAUCAAUAGGACAUCUAGAUCUGUUUGCUGGUAUGUUGAAACCUGUGUUAUCUGACAACAAACUAGGCUCUACAGUGAACCUGUCUAACAAAAGAUGGUUGAUACUUACUGAAAUGCAAGACGCAGAGAUAUUUACUAAAACAAGUUUACAUCUUUCAAAUAUUUGCUGGAAACAGUUUAUCAUUUUACAGAUUUUGACUGAAACAGUCAACGAGUUUGACAUACAUAUACAUUCGUAUUUUCACUUUGUACAUAUAUGUAAUAAUACAGCUUGACAUUGUACAUAUAUUUACUG